AUGGACGAGACUGUUGUCAACGGCGCCCAGUCUUUCUACAAGAAGCAGUUCGGCAUUGGUGGCGACACAGAACGCGAUACCUGGCUGCUCGGCCUCACCAACAGUGCUCCGUAUCUAUGCUGUGCUGUUAUCGGCUGCUGGUUAACAGAACCCAUGAACAAAGUCUUCGGGCGUCGUGGCACUGUUUUUAUCUCCUGUGCUAUUUCGGCCUUGGCAUGCUUUUGGCAGGCGUUCACCAAUACAUGGUGGCACAUGUUCAUCGCACGUUUUGCUCUUGGCUUCGGUAUCGGACCCAAGUCAGCUACAACCCCCAUCUUCGCCGCCGAAUGCUCGCCACCUCGCCUUCGCGGGGCCCUCGUCAUGCAAUGGCAGAUGUGGACAGCCUUCGGGAUAGCCCUGGGCUAUAUUGCGGACUUGGCAUUUUAUUAUGUUCCUGAUCACGGGAUUCCUGGCUUGAAUUGGAGGCUAAUGAUGGGAAGCGCUAUGCUCCCGGCGGUGUUUGUCUGCGCAUGCUGCUAUAUGUGCCCCGAGUCCCCACGGUGGUAUUUGACUAAGGGCCGCCAUGCCAAGGCCUACGAAUCGAUGUGCCAGUUGCGCUUCGAAAAAAUUCAAGCAGCUCGAGACCUCUUUUACGCCAAUGCACUGCUUGAAGCUGAGCGACAGACCGCAGGCAUCAGCAAGUCUAACCGCCUAAAGGAGCUUCUCACCAUACGCCGCAAUAGAAACGCCAUGAUAGCAUCUCAAAUCGUCAUGUUUCUCCAACAAUUCUGCGGCGUAAAUAUUAUCGCCUAUUAUAGUUCCGAGAUUUUCCUAUCUGCUAAAUUCUCCGAAGUCAGCGCUCUUUCGGCAUCCCUCGGGUUCGGUAUCAUCAACUUCCUCUUCGCUAUCCCCGCAUUCUAUACAAUCGACACCUUCGGCAGGCGGAACCUUCUACUGACGACCUUUCCUUUGAUGUCCAUCUUCCUCUUCUUCACCGGAUUUUCCUUCUUCAUCCCAACCAACCCGGCACGAGUAGCUUGCAUCGCUACAGGAAUCUACCUCUUCGGCAUGGUCUACUCCCCAGGAGAGGGACCUGUGCCUUUCACGUAUUCGGCUGAAGCGUACCCCUUGUACAUCCGCCCCAUUGGCAUGUCCCUCGCAACAGCUACGACAUGGUUUUUCAAUUUUGUCUUGGCCGUUACAUGGCCCUCGCUCCAACGUGCGUUCACACCUCAGGGCGCGUUCAGUUGGUAUGCUGGUUGGAACAUUGUCGGGUUCUUCCUAGUACUCUUUUUCCUCCCCGAAACCAAGGAAAAGACACUUGAGGAACUCGACGCCGUCUUCAGCGUUCCGCUACGGACAUUUGCACGAUAUGGCCUUGCUCAGUUCUUCUACUUUUGGAAGCGCUAUGUGUUCAGGCAGGACGUGGCGCCGCCUGUUGUGCCGCAUGCUAACGGGGUUCAAUAUCAUCAAAACCAGUUCUCUCAGGAGAAAGAACACAGCCCAACUUCUCGUGUUUAA